GGGGUUUGCUGCUGGCCUGAGUAUUUGCAGACUAGGACUAUACAUGUCAGCACCACUACGACGUAGAUAGCAAACAGAGUGAGGAAAUCCAUGUUUCACCUGGCAGCUUGAGAGACACAAAACAACAGGUGUUUAUGGUCCAAACUCACAACGAACAGUGCUCCACACAAUGCCACGAGGCAUCACAAGACACCUGUUGGAUCUGGUUGCCGACAUGGCCCGGCACUCAUAUUACGGCUCACAGUGCUGGAGAGGGGAGCAUUACUCGGGAGCUCUGCACACACAUCUAUGGAUGCUGCUUAAAAAGUCCUCAGCAUGCCGUCGUCCAACCAGGGCUGGCCGGAGGAGUUCGGCUUCCAGCUGGGUGGGCAUGGACCCAGCUACAUCCUGUCUGUGGAGGAGGGCAGCAGUGCCCACCUGGCGGGGUUGCAGGCCGGGGACCAGGUCCUGGAGAUCGAGGGGCACAAUGUGUCAACGCUGGGUCCCCAAGCUGUCAUCGCCAUCGCCCAAACUCAGAAGAACAUCCCUCCCAGUAUCGGAGUGGUGUCCCGCAUACAGCAGAUGGACAUCAUACCAGGUCCGGACGGUCGUUUUGGGUUCACCAUCGUGGGAGACUGCCCCCUGCUUGUGGAGGACUGCUCGCCUUGCUCUCCAGCCGGCCGUGCAGGUCUGAGGGCUGGGGAUUACGUCAUGGAGGUCAACGGCAUCCCCGUCAGGCAGCACGAGACGGCCGCGGCGCUGAUCAAGGCCUCCCAGGGAAGAACGCUCCGUCUGGGGGUGCUGUGCCUCGGCCCGAGACAGAAACACAGCAUCAGCAUAGAGGACAGUCAGAUGGGAGGAGAGAUGGCGCGACUGGACCGUAAACAUAAAGCUCUGGAGUUCAACAGGAAGGUUGACCAGAUUGUAGGCGAUGAACCUGAAGUGAAGGAGAAACUCUUCUCUGUGCUGAAGCAGUACGCAGCCGAGAAGCGAGUCGAGUGGCUGGCCUCGGUCCUGCCCGACAUACUCACCACUGAUGAGCAUCGGCAGCUCAUCUCCAGCAUCAGAAUAUUCAUUCCCAAGAAGCACCGGCAGCGCUUCGACGAGGCCGUGUCCCAGAACGUAAUCAACCGACUCUGCCGCAGCAAGAGCAUCAGCGAGCCGCAGGGCAGGAUCCGGCGCAGCCGGAGCGAGGAUCACUCCGAGCGCCACCACGGGUCCAAACGGGCCAGCUCUGUGCCCAGAGAUGGAGAACCUGGAGGCAGGGGUGAGGAGAGGGAGAGAGAGAGAGAGAGAGACAGGGGCUUAAGGAAGUCCAUCUCUGGCUUACCUGCACAUCCCCCUAUUGGACCCAAUCAGAGGAUCGUUCGUGUCUACAGGGGCAAGAAGAACUUCGGCUUCACGCUGCGAGGUCACGCUCCCGUCUGCAUCGACUCGGUUAUCCCAGAUAGUCCUGCCGAGGAAUGUGGACUGAAACCAGGCGACCGUAUCCUCUUCCUCAAUGGACUGGACAUGAGGAACUGUUCCCAUGAGAAGGUGGUGUCUAUGCUGCAGGGUAGCGGAGCAAUGCCCACACUGGUGGUGGAGGAGGGUCCGUCUGACUAUUCCUCAGACCAAACCGACCCAGAGGAAUCACCCAGCCUGGCCCCCACCACGUUGCCACGCUCCAGGUCUCCAGCCCUCAGUUCUCUGCAGUGGGUGGCAGAGAUUCUUCCGCCGAGCAUCAAAGUCCACGGGCGGACCUUCAGCCAGCAGCUGGAGCACCUGCUGACCAUCCAGGAGAGGUACACAGUCUGCAAGGCCCUGGAGACCUUCUUCCAGCACAGGAACGUGGACACUCUGAUAGUGGACGUGUUUCCGGUGUUGGACACUCCGGCCAAACAGUUGAUCUGGCAGUUCAUCCACCAGCUACUGACCUACGACGAACAGGAGCGAUGCCAGAGCAAGCUGUCACGCUUCCUGGGUUUCAAGAGCAGCGCAGCGUUGGAGGCUGACGCAGGUCCCGAGCACCACCGGCGCAGCAGCUCCAUGCGCGUGACGGGUACGUCGUACCGCGGCUGCAUCCGAGAGAGGAGCUCUGACGACUGCAUCAUCGGGACUCACCUGGGAAUGGGAAUUCAUGUGGAUGAAUCUGGGAGCCCGGAGGAGAGGCAGUCAGGAGAUGGAACCUCUUUCCCCGAGUCCCCUGACCUCAGUCAUAUGACAGGUGUGUACACGGAGCUGGAGACCGUGUACGCAGGGAAGAGUGUGUCGCCACUGCAGGGCGGCUCCUCGGCAGAGCCCGAGGGCCCGGCACAGACUGAGGCCUACGGGCGCUCUCUCUCGCCCCUCACACUCCCCCCUCUCACAGGUAACCGUAAAUCUGGCCUGUCACUGUCCUGGAAAGAGCCUCUCCCGACGCCUGUGUACGAGAUCCACCACCAAAGCAGCGUAGACUCCAACCCCUACGUCAGCCUGGAAAGCCCCCCGGCCUCCCCUCAGCACUCGGAUGGCGGGCCCAACACGCUGACCCGCCGCAAGAAGCUUUUCACCUUCUCCCGCCCGCCUCGCAGCCGGGACACAGACAAGUUCCUGGACGCUCUGAGCGAGCAGCUGGGCCACCGGGUCACUCUGGUGGAUGACUUCGUUCCCGGGGAGAACGACUAUGAGGAGAUGAGUUUCCAGGAGGACCAGGAUCUGGGCUUCCUGCCCCGGCAGCUCAGCAGUGGCAGCAGCGAGGAUCACAGUAGCAGUGACGAGGCCUCCUCUCCCUCCUACUCCUCAGGAUCUGAACCCAUCCCACCGCCUCCCACACAGAGCCCCCCACCUCCCCCGCCUUUCCAGGCUCUCAUACCUCCUCCUGUUCAAUUCACUGACCCCUUGCCGCCAGUCCGCUUCUCCCCUGAGCACGUGCCCCGCAGCCGCAUGCCUUUCCAGCCCCACCACCCCAUCAUCCCUCCUCCUCCCCCGCCUCCGAGGACCCUCCUGUCCAGCCGCUCUCCUCUACACAAAGUGCUCCCCUCAAGAGAAGAAGCAGAGAAAGCUCACCAGCGCUUCCAGACCUCCACCCGACUCUCGCACAUCCACACCACCCUGGUCUCCACCACCCUGCGCUCUUCCCAGCCGUCCCGCCCCAGCUACCUCCCCCGGCAGCUCAGCCAGCCCCAGCCUAUCCACCAGCCGUCCCCGCAGCCCUCCCCUCAGCCGCUGAGACCGAGCCAGCUCGUCCUCCAGAGGCACCACCAGCUCCACCACCAACACAGCUACCAGGGCCCGCUGCCACCGUCCCUGCAGGAUCACAGCCCGUCCCAGGGCCAGGUCCCCUCGCUGCUCUCCCAGCCUCCAGCCUCUCACUCCACCCUCCCCAGUCACACUAAAACCUAUGAAACCCCACGGCAGGAACACCAGUCGCACCAGGCGCCGCCACCCCCACCUCCACCCUUGCCCCCACCCUGUGACCCACCUCCGCUGCCCAAGCCAGGCCACCACGCCUCGGACGCCAACCACAUGAGUGUGAAGAGGCUGCGCUGGGAGCAGGUGGAGAACUCUGAGGGAACCAUAUGGGGUCAGCUCGGAGAGGAUUCAGACUACGACAAGCUCACUGACAUGGUGAAGUACUUGGACCUUGAUCUGCACUUUGGGACUCAACGCAGAUCCAUCUCUCCUCCAGAGCCAGCCUUCUUGCCAGAGAACUUUAAAAAGAAAGACGUGGUGGAAAUUCUGUCUCACAAGAAAGCCUACAAUGCCUCCAUCCUCAUUGCCCAUCUAAAGCUCUCCACCACCGAGCUGCGUCAGGUCUUGAUGAACAUGACCACCGACAGGCUGGAGCCCGCUCACAUCAAGCAGCUGCUGCUCUACGCCCCCGACGACGACGAGGUCAAACAGUACGAGCAGUUCGACCAGGACCCGGCCAAGCUGAGCGAGCCCGACCAGUUCAUUUUCCAGAUGCUGAUGGUGCCUGAGUAUAAGACCCGUCUGCGGAGCCUCCACUUCAAGACGACCCUGCAGGAGAGGACGGAGGAGAUGAAGGUUGCGUAUGAUUACAUCUACAAGGCUUCAGUGGAGCUGAAGAGCAGCAAGAAACUGGCCAAAAUCCUGGAGUUUGUACUUGCUAUGGGGAAUUACCUGAACAAUGGCCAGCCCAAGAGCCACAGGACAACCAGUUUUAAGAUCAACUUCCUAACAGAGCUAAGCACGACCAAAACAGUGGACGGGAAAUCCACCUUUCUCCACAUUCUGGCCAAGUCUCUGUGCCAACACUUCCCUGAGCUGCUCAACUUUUCCAGAGACCUCACAACAGUGCCUCUGGCAGCCAAAGUGAACCAGCGGGCCAUCACAGCAGAGCUGAGUGACCUUCACUCCACCAUCCAGGACAUCAGGACGGCCUGUCUGAAGAUCCCGCCCACCUCCGAGGACCACUUCGCCUCCGUCAUGAGCAGCUUUUUGGAGAACAGCCACCCUGCAAUCCAGUCUCUGGAGUCCCUGCAGACUCGAGCCAUGGAGGAGUUCUCCAAAGUGGCCUCCUACUUUGGGGAGGACAGCAAGUCCACCAGAACAGAGGCCUUUUUCGGGAUCUUCGGAGACUUCAUGUCCAAGUUUGAGAGAGCUCUCAGUGAGACCCAGACUCCAGAAAACCCCAGAAGCCCCAGACUGUCUUCCCCUCUGGCCUGGUAGAAGCGAGACGUCUGGGCGGGCAUCGGGCCAAACGGACAGGCCGGUCGGCUCCAUUUUCACUCCGCUCUCCACAACCAAAGUGCCAAGAUCACACACAGAGACACCGAGACCACAUCAUCUAUAGCAAACAGAAUGGAAAUACACUGUAUCUACGUGUAGAUAAUCACAACAGUUAAUGAGUGCCCCGUGUGCAGCAUUGCUGUUAUUUCAGGUGCUGGGUAGAGCAGAAACAUUCAGGUGUCCACAAGUCAACAGGAACUCACCGCACACUGACGACUCAAGCCAGUCUUUACUUCAUUACAUCUCUUUUUAAUGCACAUUACAUAGCAGACAGUAAAAGAUACAUUAGAAAAAAGCAUCUAUGUAUAUGUGAUGGCUCCAGUGCAUCUUUAUGCUCCAUUAAAAUGAGAUGCAAGCAGUGAAAGCGACUGGUCUGAAUAUUUACAGAUUACUUGCUAUGUUUAAUAUAUGACUAAAUAAAGUUUAUAUUUUCUAUCAGAUCAUAUUUGAAAAUUGUAAAGAUUAAGCGUAGAUGUAGGCUGACGACAGUUAUCUGGAAUCAAGGUGAUUCACAGGUGUAGUUUAGUGCAGAGCCUGGCCAGACCGCUCAGAGUGAUCAGACUGUUCACACGGCGGUGCAUUCACUGCCUCCCAGACUGCAGGAUUUGAUUUAAAAAUAGUAGAUAUUGGAGUUUUUUCCAACAUCCUGUAUCCACAUUGCAGAUGUGGUCGUUCUCAUCUAACCUACUGUGAAUUUAUAGGGCGUCUUUUCCGGGAAUUAUAAUAAAAAAUGAUAAUAGUUUUCCUCUCUUAAUACAGCUGAAGUCAAAGUCAUCCACACCCAGCUCUGGUUCACUCUUGCCGUUUGCAGCAGACAUAUGCAUAACUCAGACGAGGAUUGAUCAGUGCUAUGGAAGCAAAAUAAGGCCAUAAAGAUUGUAAUUUUUUUACAGGAUACCUAAUUCUGAAUUUUUACCCAUUUUAAGUAAAUUCCUAAUCCAAAAAUGUAAUUUAAUUCAUAGCAUAGACAUAUUAAAUGAUUUGAAUCCCCCUCUGUGAAACCUCCAGUUGGUUAUUUCAAUUCGUUCAAUUUCAAAAAGUUGAAGUGAAUUUUCAUCUAUUUUUAUUUUUUAGGGUUCAGAAAUUUAUAUUAAAACCUGUGUUCAACUUAUUCAGCUGUUUAUUUUCAGAUCUAAAAAUAAUCGUCGAGUCAAAAAAUCAGAAACAAAUUAGAUCUUCAUGUGAAAUUCAGAUAUCAAAAUUCAAGAUUAAAAAAAAUGGAAUUGAUCCAAGAAAUAAAAGAUAAAGGUUUGGGUUAGCAGCGAGAAACACAGCUACAACCAUUGCAACAACUACAUUUCUAUGUGAAUUUGUGAACUUCAAAAAGAAAUUUUCUUUUAAAGUUUAAAGCAAUUAAAUUUUAAAAGAUGGUAAUAUUUCAAUAAUUUAAAAUUCUGUGGUAUUUAAACAUUUCAGUCUUGAUUAAAUUUCACAAGUUGCGCAUAAAAAGUUUAGGAUUAUUUUCGCCUUUCUUGGCCUCCAUAUUUUCAGUAUUUUUAGAUGAUGGUGAGAUGUACCAAUAGAAACAUCGCAUUAGCCACCAUACUGCUAGUAAACCAGCGGGUGUUCACGGCUAACUUUGGCUUCAGCUCAGUGUUAUCAGGAAUGAAGACCUCAUUCCCUUUUGCUUGAGUUUUAGGCUCCAGUCACAGCAGCUGGACUCAGUCCUGAUCAUAAACAGCCCCUGAAAUCUGCCCAGUUUGCAGCAGAUGAACUGGGACGCCUCUGAACAACAGGUGGGAGUCAUCUGUUGUCAGCCAGGCAGCAUCAGCAGUGUUUCUUUUUAUCAUUGCAUUGAUUCUCCUGCCUGUGAGGACUUCAAGUCAAAUCCAAAUGAAUUCCGUAACACACAUGUAUUUGCAUAUGAACAGCGUUGCACCUUUUGCAGCGAGGUAACACUGACCACAUCAGCACAUGGUGAAAUUUGGCUGAAAAAUCAUCUGUUUCAGUCGAAGUGUGGGUGGAAAAGCAAAUCUUUUUUCCCCCACGGUUAGUGUCAUCUUUCCAUUAGAGCAGGAAGAUAAAAGGCAGGUUUAGUGAGAAAAGGCUGAGCUGAGAGGACGGCUCUUAGUCCUAUCGAGUAUUUCUCAAGUGUUGCGAACGCAGCCCUGUUUAAACAAGUGGGUCGCUGCUGGGUGACUUAACAUCAAAUGCAUGUGGGGGAAAAAAACAUCUUACUGUAAAUGGUCAUUUCCUGCUUUUCUGAUUGUCAUGGUGAUCUCAUGACUCAUCUACAGUGUACCUGUAGCUGUGUCGUAUUUAUGUUGAUGAACUAUUGUUGAGUUUGUAAAUUGACUGUUUUUGCUAUGCACCGCUCAUCUUUUUGUACCGUAUGCUUGUGUGUCCUCCAAGUCCUAGUUUAUUUUCUUAUUCAAGAGUGUCAUCAGGAAAUUACCGUUUUAUUUCUUCUUUAUUCGCAGCUUUAGUCAGCCUUACGAGGGGACUCUGAUCUCGUAAAAAUGCAAUCCUAGCUGCUACGAGUGUGGUGACAGUGUUUCUUGUCCAAAUCAAUUGCAUGUUGGUGCAGUUAAUGUAUUAAGAUGUGCAGCUGGUAGCAUUUACCCUCCCUGGAUAUUUAAGUUUAAAAGAUAUACAUUUGUUAGUCUGGUUAGGUCUAUUUAUUGGUUGCCUACAGAUUCCCUUUUAUAACUGUUUUAUAUGUUUUCAUGGGAAGUUGCUCAUGUUCUGUGAUCGUUUGACCUUUUAUGUUUUGUUCAAUGCUUUCAGAUGAAGGAUGUGUUUUUGAUCUAU